AUGGCCGCCUCACGCACCGUGGCCGGCUUGCUGUUCUCUUCGUCUUCUUCGUCUUCCUCCACUGUCUACACUCAUGCCUCCCUUUUUCAGCAACUACUCCCGGCUCGAGGUGCGGCCAACGUCGCUCUUGCUGCCAUCACGUGGCUCCGACGCUCGGACCCCCCAUCGCCAGCUCUCUUCGUGAAGAACCUGAGCUUCAACGUCACCCCAGCUGAACUCUUCGAUCUCUUUGGCAAGUUCGGCCCAGUCCGCCAAAUCCGCCAGGGCAUCGCCAACAACACAAAGGGCACAGCCUUCGUUGUCUAUGAAGACGUAAUGGACGCAAAGUCGGCGUGCGACAAGCUGAACGGCUUUAACUUCCAGAAUAGGUAUCUCGUCGUAUUAUAUCACCAGCCAGAUAAGAUGCUCAAGGCCGCGAGUGAUCUCGCCGAACGCCAAGAAAACUUAGAAAAACUCAAAAAACAACAUGGCAUUGAUUAGGGGUGCGAGAGGCCUCAGGAACAGGUGACAUCGCGCGAGCGAAGCAAUGACAAGACUCCUGUGGGCCUCAAGACGGAUAGCGUGAUUUCCCGACGCUCUUCGAGCCGCGGCGGCGACACGCGCUCCUCGACGACGACCAAUUCGAUUUCAGCGGAAAAGACCGGCACCCCUUCCCCGAUGACUACUACAGCCACCGCCUCCUGCCGCAGUUGCGACUGGCGUGGUGUCAAGCAAUCGCUCAAGGGCAUAUGGAAGUCGGCACACGGCGUUAAGAGGUCAUGACCCGUUUACGAACGAUGAGGGUUUUUUUGCUGCACAUUUUCUUGGGCCCAGCUUGCUUUACUCUUUUUUUCAAGCCCGAGGAUUGAAACUGGUUUUGCCCACACAAGGACGUUAUGGUCGUUUAAUCAGAUUGCAUCAAAGGCCCCUGGGUUUUAUCUCGUUCAUCUAAACAGACACACUUUGGAAACUGUCGGAAAGCAACUUUAAGCGCCGACGAGGAAUAUCAAAGAUGAUUUCUC